UUAUUUUGGUGAAAAAGAUGAUGAGCCUAAAGUUCCAUAAGUGCCAUCCAGGUCGGAUCUUUUCAUCAGUUUCUUACAAUCUGAUUUUUCUGUGUUCUGAAUCAUUUUAUUGAAAAGGAAAAAAAUAUGGAUGUUGACGCGACUGAGAAUCCUAAGCUUCAUGUUUUGUUCUUUCCUUUCAUGGGGCACGGCCAUAUGAUACCCAUGGUUGAUAUGGCCAAGCUGUUCGCUAUGAGAGGUGUAAAGACAACCAUCGUCACCACUCCACUUAAUGUUCCUUUCAUCUCCACCACCAUCGAAAGAAGCAAGAAUUCAGGCUUCGAUAUCCACAUCAAAGUCCUCAACUUUCCUUGUGUUGAAGCUGGAUUGCCCGAGGGCUGUGAAAACCUUGAUUCCAUCCCAAGUUCCCAAGGAGUCAACUUGGAUAUGAUUGCCAAAUUCUUCAAGGCCGCAGAUAUGUUUGAACAACCCUUUGAGCAGCUCAUACAAGAAUGUAAACCAGAUUGCUUGCUCGUCGAUAUGUUUUUCACUUGGGCCAGUGAUAUUGCAAACAAGUACGACAUCCCCAGGUUGAUGUUUAAUGGUUGCAGUUUCUUGUCGUUGUGUAUAUCAGAUUCUGUUAAUCUAUAUGAGCCACAGAAGAAAGUCAAAUCAGGUUCUGAACCUUUUGUGUUUCCUAACGUUCCUGGUGAUAUUAAACUCACAAGAGAUCAGAUGGCUGUUAUUUUUACACAAAAUGAAGAAAAUGAACUUACCAGGUCGGUUAAAAAAUGGAGAGAAGCAGAGCUGAAAAGCUAUGGGUUCAUCGUCAACAGUUUCUAUGAGCUAGAAGCCGCUUAUGUCGAUCACUACAGGAACGUUAUAGGAAGAAAGGCAUGGCAUGUUGGCCCUGUUUCACUGUGCAAUAGGGCCAUUGAAGAUAAAUUAGAUAGAGGGAAGAAACCAUCGGUCGAUGAACAAAAAUGUUUAAGCUGGCUUGAUUCUAAACAACCCAAAUCGGUGGUUUUCAUAUGUUUUGGAACUGCAGUCGAUUUCAAUGCUGCUCAGUUAACGGAGAUAGCUUUCGCCAUUGAAGCCACAGGGCAGCACUUCAUUUGGGUUGUGAAGAAAGAAAAGAGCAACAAUGAAGAGGAUUGGUUGCCUGAAGGGUUUGAGGAGAGAACGGAAGGCAAGGGGCUUAUGAUAAGAGGAUGGGCACCACAAGUGUUGAUUCUUGACCAUGAAGCAGUUGGCGCUUUUAUGACUCAUUGCGGAUGGAAUUCAACCCUGGAAUGCGUCUCAGCUGGUUUGCCGAUGGUGACGUGGCCAGUGUUCGCGGAGCAGUUCUACAAUGAAAAACUGGUGACAGAUGUUCUGAAGAUUGGGGUGGGAGUUGGAACGAAAAAAUGGAAAGAAGUGGUGGGGGAUUUUGUGAAAAGAGAUGCUAUAGAGAAGGCGGUGAAGGAGAUAAUGGUGGGUGAAAAAGCAGAGGAAAUGAGAAGCAGAGCCAAGGCACUAGGAGAAAUGGCUAAAAGAGCUGUUGAAGAAGGAGGUUCAUCCUUCCGUGAUUUGAAUGAUCUGAUUCAACAACUCAGCUCCCGACGCCGUUAAAUGAAUCAUGAGUCACGCAUAUCAUAUUUGUAGUUCCAGGUUUAGUUGUCAUUUCCUUCACGUUGGGAGGAAUGGAAUAUGACUUUAAUCAAAUAGAGUUGUAAUAAAUAAUUAAAUUAUUUAGUUGAAUGGAAUGAAACUCUAAUUUUAUUUUUGA